AUGUUUGGCUUCUUGUUCCAUCGAUGGCGGAAAGCUUCUAAAUGUAAAAAACUGUUGCAGCAGCUUCAGUCUCGUCUUAAGCUACUCAAGAACAAGAACUACGCAAUUUCAAGACAUUUACGUGACGACAUUGCUCUCUUCAUCCGCAUCAAUGACCACACCCGAGCUCUCCUUCGGACCAAACAGCUACUCCUUGUCCAAAACUCGAUCUCAAUAUACGAUUUGUUGCUUCAGUUCUCUGACUUUAUCCUUCUCCACUUCUCCUCCAUUAGGAAACAUAGAGCGUUGGUUAAUGACAACCUUAACGAAGCGGUUUCAAGUCUUGUCUUUGCCUCUGCGAGGUGUGGUGAAUUACCUGAUCUAAUUGGCAUCAGAGAGCUUUUUCUUCAACGUUACGGUCAAAACUAUGUAACAAAGGCUCUUCAGCUUCUCCCUGGACAUCUUGUUAACAUUCAGAUCAAAGAGAAACUGUCGGUAACUACGGUGCGUGAGGAUUUCAAGUCUGCAUUGUUGGAUGAAAUAGCAAAAGAAUAUGGUCUACGUUUGGAAAUGUUAAUGCUGGAAUAUACACCAGAAGUUGAAAAACAGGUAAAUGAAGAGGAAGAGAAGAAAGUAGUGGAUUCGGAUUUUAAUAGUUUCUCAGAUGAUCAAUCACCAGAAGUGUAUAAAUUCAGUCUUUCGGAUGUGGAAGAAGAGAAGAGCAAGGAAGGGAGAUCAAUGGAGGAUGAUUACAUAGAGGAGACUGAAGUUGGAAAAGAUGAUCAUAGAGUAUUCAGAUUCAAAGAAAGUAGUGAAGAAGAGAGAUCAUCACUCUCAUCAUCAUCAUCAUUGUCAUCAGGAGGGUUUAAGGACAUGGAAAGUUUGAGGUACUAUAAGAGGCGAGAAAAGAUUCGUACAAGGAGAAGAUCAUCAUCAUCACCAACAACUUGUUAUCAUAUAGUAUACAAUGUGUUUUGGGUGAAGAAUGAAGAGGAAGAAGAAGAAGUAAGAAGAAGAUUAUUACCCAAACAUGUUCAUCCUAAGCUUCCUGAUUACGACCAAAUUGCUGCUCAGUUUAAAGUCCUUAGGACACAACAACGUAUGCAUUCUUAA